AGAGAGAGUUAGAUAGAGUCUUGUUCCAGCCACAAACACAUUGGCAGGAAGGCUGCAGUGCACAUUAGUGACUGACUGAAGACCUUAGACUCUUCCAGCUUCAGAAACAUCUCCUUCUCUCACACCAUGGAGGCUAAAACCUGCAUUUGCCUUUGUGCAUUGUUGCUUUUUCACCUGGGAGCUGCCGAUCACGACGAGGACCACGCCGCGCACACGGUACCGCCACCAGACCUGGACCACCACAGCAGCGCUGCAGAUACCACAACUUGGCCCACCGGCAGGAGCUUGGAUGCCAGCGCACGCUUGGAAACCUCCACUGCGACGCCACAAGCACACAAAGGAAACGCUACCAACGUGGAGGUGACCUCAGUGUCGUCCGUCCCAGAAAAGGGGAGUAACCUGACUGAUGACAACACCUCAAACUCUUCAGUUCCUGUCGUCCCGGCCUCAGUUGCCCCCGAAGCGUCCGCAACCAUCCUCGCAGCCCACACUGAUGCAACGACUACAUCAGCACAUCAACCGCCUUUAGAGCCCCUUCCCAUCUCCAUCACUCCACCGACCCAGACGACGCCAAACUCCCAGACGCUCUCUUCCACAUCCAUUGCCGUGGCGACAACACUCAGCACCACUACCACCCCGACUACUACCACCACCACCACACAUUCAACAGCCGCCACCCACUCCUCCAGGGAGACCUUCCCGUCUCAGCCAACGACGACGCCGUCGCCGCCAACCAGCUCGUGGUCGUACCCUGAGACCUCUAGCCAGGCUCCCCAACAGACCACCACCAUGGUCCCGCCUCAGCAGACCACCACGCAGACCAAGCCGCACCCCGACACGCCGUCGCAGCUCAACGUAAAAGGCGAAACCGUUAUGAUCCAUGACUCGCACACACCGGAUCCUCUCUUGGCCGGCCUGGUGUCGGCCUUUGUCAUCACCGCUGUCAUCAUCACCCUGCUCCUAUUCCUCAAACUGCGGCGGCGGGACAACAGACCGGAGUUCCGAAGGCUACAGGAUUUACCCAUGGAUGACAUGAUGGAGGAAACGCCUUUGUCCAUGUACAGCUACUGAGAACUGCAUGCACAGCAAAAGUCCCUGAGUCCCUUUCUUCCAGGGGCAUUUUUUUUUUGUUUUGUUGCCAUGAUCCCGCUGGAUCUAAAUGCUGUCCCGGAUAAAUCCAGGUUGCGAACCGUAUGUGGGUUGCUACUAUUUAUGCAGAUCUUUAAUAUAGGAGCUACAGUGGACAACAAGGACAUCGGCUUCUGUAGCAAAAUGUCUAUUUUUGGUCUUUGUAAGUACAAACUGGACGUGUGCCUCAGCUCAUUACUGAAUAUUUUCAGCCAUGGGGGAGAGGACAGAACGGAAGACAUGAUUCUGUUCAUCACCCAGAAGUCCUGCCAAACAUGAUCUUGUCAACUAAAUUAUUUUAGGAUGACUCACAAAAUAACAAAACCUUUUGCUUAUAGUUUUUUUUUUUUUUUUUUAAAACAAGGUUGCACUUUAUUUUUGUGUGUGCGUGUGUGUGCCUUUGUGAGUUUUAAGUGUGUGAGACGGACGUUAUUUAAUGAAGUCUUUGUUUUGUGUGUCGCUGUUUGCAUUUGCACCGUAUUAAAAAUUCUGCCUUUACAAAAAAUAA